AUCUUAAACCAUCCUCCAAACCACACGAAUUGACCUCGCCAGACGACUCGACUCGAUGCACAUACGUCGGUAUCCGUGACAAAUUUCCUGACAACAUUUCUCCAUGAAUGUCGCAGCAGGCCCAGCCGCCUGGGCUGGGACGGCUCCGCUUCCCAUACGGACCAUUUUGAGGACGGUUCAACGUCCUCGACAACGCAACAACUUUACUCGCAAAGCUCAAACGAGGAAAUUCUACGACCCCGCUGCUUCUAAAAGACCUUUGUUACCACGAACAUCGUCAAUAUGUCCCCGAAGGCCGUCAAAUCAAAUCCGACCUUUCUCCGCGACCUCGACUUUCCAAGCGAUGAAGGAUCCUUACGCAACUUUGGGGGUAGGAAAGAAUGCCACCGCAUCUGAGAUUAAGAAGGCAUACUACGCCCUAGCAAAGAAAUAUCACCCGGACACAAACAAAGACCCUAGCGCAAAAGAGAAGUUUACAGAUGCGCAGUCAGCAUAUGAGUUGCUUAACGACCCUCAGAAAAAGUCUACCUACGAUCAAUAUGGUGCUGCGGCCUUUGAUCAAGGAGCUGGAUUCCAUCCAGGCGCUGGAGGCGAGCAUCCGUUUUCCGGGGCUGCGGGAGCAAACCCUUUUGCUGGGUUUGGCGGUGGCUUCGGUGCUGAGUUCAACUUUGAGGAUCUUUUUGGUGCAUUCACUGGCGGCCGCCGCGGGCGGAGGAGCGGUGGCCCUUUCCAAGAAGAGAUUAUGGUGGGAGAGAAUAUCGAGGUGCAGACGAAUAUAUCUUUUAUGGACGCUGCAAAAGGUGUCUCCAAGAACAUCACUAUCACGCCUCUUGUACAGUGCGGCACCUGCAAGGGUGAUGGUUUGAAGCCAGGCUCUUCAAGGCAGCAGUGCAAACGCUGUAAUGGGACCGGUACAAGAGUCCAUGUCAUGCAGGCCGGGUUUCAAAUGGCAUCUUCUUGCGACGCUUGCAGCGGAACCGGGGUUGUCAUCCCGAGAGGCUCUGAAUGCAAUACAUGUGCUGGAAAUGGAGUGGUUCGCAAGAGGGAAACCGUUGAGGUCGAUAUCCCAGGCGGAGUGGAGGAUGGAAUGCGUUUACGAGUGGCCGGCGCUGGUGACUAUCCUCCUACGGGUAUGUCAGCAAAUCCCAAAGCUCGAACCCAGCGUGGAGAUCUGUACGUCUUCAUUCGGGUAGCGCCAGAUGCCAGGUUCAGCCGCAACGGAGCCGAUAUCCUCCACACCGCCUCAAUACCCCUAACCACGGCGCUGCUUGGGGGAGAGGUGGUCGUACCGACACUCGAUGGAGAAGUCAAAGUGAGGGUAGCGACCGGGACGUCUACUAACGACAGAAUUACACUUCCAGGAAUGGGUAUGAAGAGGCUUGGUGGACGCGGUGCCGGUUCUUCUGGAGACCUAAGGGUGGAGUUCAAAGUUCAAAUGCCCAAAUAUCUGACGGCCAACCAGCGGACAAUCAUCGAGAUGCUGGCUGACGAAAUGGGUGACAAGACGGCGAAGAGAAUCAUGAACUUGGAUAAGUACAAACAGGAGCCUCCCAAAGACAACAAAGCAUCCAAACCGUCUAACAAGGCCGCCGAUCACAAGAACGAAGGAUUUCUGAAAUCUACCUGGCAUCGUCUGACCCACCAGCAUGAUAACCUUGAACCGGGUAAGCCGGGCAAAGAGAAAGAGGCAGAACCGCAGGACGAGGAUGAGCCAAAGAAGGCGUCCGGGUCUGGCUGAUUUCGUUUGCGUCAAGCAUUGAAUUCCACAAUACCCAUCUCCUGCCUUUUCACGACUCAUAGCGACGGCGAUAGAAUUUGGCCUCCGAGGAGGCUUUGGGCUUGCAUAUUUCUUGAGGUUGGCGUCCAAAAGAGUGUACAGUUUUCAAUAUAUAUCACGGUAUACUGGUGGUGUGAUCCAAUGGCCGCAGACUCCCAUCUACUGUACAAUCACCAGUGAUGUUUGAAAAGGCAAUUCAAAAGUGUAGUAUGUAGCAAUGAACUGAAUGCGAAGAAUGCUUUCAAAUUCAGAUUGACGAGAGAAGUUAACUGUGGACUAUGAACCUCA